AUGUGGAGGACCUGCAGAGAGAGAGACAGAUACUAUGGACACGUUUGUUGAUUCCUCAUGGUACUUCUUGAGGUUCCUGGAUCCUCACAAUACAGAGAAACCCUUUAGUCACGAUGCCCAAAGAGAUAACAUGCCUGUUGAUUUGUACGUCGGUGGGAAAGAGCAUGCUGUGUUGCACAUGUUCUACGCACGUUUCAUACAGCACUUCUUAGCGAGCCUGGGAUUGGCGAGCCACAAGGAACCCUUCAAAAGACUGGUCACCCAGGGCAUGGUCAUGGGUGAGACCUAUAGGGUAAAGGACUCAGGCAGGUACCUCACCAAGGACGAAGUGGAUUUCUCUGUCAAGCCUCCUGUGGAACGUGGAACGGGAAGCGAACUCGUUGUGACGUAUGAGAAGAUGAGCAAAAGCAAGCACAACGGAAUUGACCCAAAGGAUGUGUUGGAAGAAUAUGGCACUGACACCACUAGGCUGUUGAUGUUGGCAAACUUUGCUCCAUCGUCUCAGAGGAACUGGUCCAAAGAUACAUUCCCGGGUAUUCUGAACUGGCAGAACCGCCUUUGGCUCACAGUCUCAGAAUUCAUCCACAUGCGGCAGGAUAAGGAACUUCAGGCAGAUGCUCCUUUGAGCAUGGAGGAGAUGCAGGAGCACAAGGACUUCCUUUUCGAAAAUCGGAACUUCUACCUGAGAGGAGCAACGUACAAUUUCUUAUAUACGAACCAGCUGAGUGUCGCCAUCUCUUAUAUGCAGGGACUAACUGUAAGCUUGAGGAAAAUACCAAAAGAAAUGAUGCUGACGGAGGAAUUUGAAAAAUCAUUAGCUGCGCAGAUUAUAAUGCUGUCACCCAUAACCCCUCACUUAGCUAGCGAAUUGUGGGCGGGUUUCUGCAGCGUUGCAACCUCUCCAUGCACAAGGAAGGAUGUACCCUUAUUGGAGCAACGGUGGCCGGAGAUCGACUCGGAAUUCGGAUUGCCUCUCUUCUGUAGGAUCCCAGGGAAGGAUCCCUGCAUCGUCAAAGUGCCCCGCAGCAUCUUGGACAGUAUGACCGUUGACACAGCCACAGCCCAUGCUCUGGCCAACGAGGAGGUCCAGAAUUGCAUGGUUGGGAAGCAGUUGAUCAGGACGCACCUACAGAUCCAGCCUGGCAUCGGGGGGAACUUAUCCUUCGUGGCCAAGGCAUUGGACCCAGCAAGCAGCAAGGAGGAGAGGAAGAGGCUGAAGGAAGAGAAGAAGAGAUUGAAGAAAGAGAGGAAGAACAAGAAGAGUAAUAUGCAAGGCUUGUAGGUUUUUGUGACUUAGGUGUGAUGUCCUCAGGGGACUGUCAGUCUCAGCAUCAAAGUUUGUCAUGCUCAGUGAUUUUGUUAUAUGAGUAUAGAGUGAGAUGUGUAUAUAUACUGGAGGUAUUCAGUGUACAGAAUUGUUCAAUUUCACAGAAUUUGCUAAACUUCCACUGUAUAAAAGGUAGAGAAAAUGUACAAAUGGUUGUAAGUAUUUAUAAAAUCACAAUAAAGUUUGUUUUGUCUGUAAAUAAAGAAGCUGUAUUUAUUGUUGUAAUUUAUGUACAUUAACCCAUAUAAUAAAUCUG